AUGGGGUGAGAGUUUUCUUUUGUGGGUCACAUAUCAGCCCUAAUAUAUGAAGGUAGGGCGCCCUAGAAGAUCCAAUCAAGCAUAAGUAAUUGGCAUCUACAUGUGUGUUCCACAGCGCUCGUCUUUUAUAUAUACCCCUCCUUUUUGCAGACUUGUAAUUCAAAUCAAUUGCGUUUGUUCCUCAUGGCAGUCAAUAUCACCAACCUCCCCCUCUCAGACCCUCUCUGUGCCAAUGAUACCUGCCUAGCCUACAAAGCCGGCCAUGCAGCUUCACAGGCGCAAAUAUCAUGGGCGUCUCAGUUCGAAUACGGCCACUACACCACCUGGUACUACAUCAUCAUCCUAGGACUCGCGACGCUCAUAUACGGUUAUCGUCUGAUACGAAACCAAAAUCCUCACAAGCCAGUUCUCCAGGAUGAACCUAUAUCUAUACGAUACAAAGCGCUAGCACUUGCGCGCUCACUACACUACCGGCGAUUUUCAGGCCGUUUCAGCGAUGCGCUUGGGCUACCUUCGUUCGGGAUACUCGCAUUUUUGCUAUUAAUGGUGGCAUUCUUGGUCAUCUUGACGUUCGUAGAGCGGCCGUAUUAUCGCCUUCAUCGAGGCUUUGGGUCGCCUCCUUUGGCGGUUAGAACUGGAUUGAUGGCGAUAGCUCUGACGCCAAUCAUCGUCGCUUUGGCAGGGAAGGCGAACAUCAUAACGCUAAUGACAGGUAUCAGCCACGAGAAGUUGAACGUGGUGCAUAGGUGGGUGUCGUAUAUGUGCUUGUUCCUAAGCAUCGUGCACACAGUGCCGUUCAUCGUGGCGCCAUUGAAGGAUGGAGGAGCCAAGGCUUUGCAUGCGCAGUACUACAAGACUGGCGGUAUGGAGUACACAGGCACACCACCCUUCGUUAUACUCGUUGCUAUCGUCCUGUUCUCGAUACCUUACAUCCGCCAGUACUUCUAUAACUUCUUCUAUAAGUUCCACCUAGGGCUAGCAAUAGUCUAUCUGGGGCUCAUGUUCUGGCACGCAGCUCAAGAAAUGGACUCGUGGGCAUAUCUGUGGGCCACUCUGGCGGUAUGGGGGGCGUCGAUCCUUGCUCGCGUUUUCGUGAGGAACCAGCAGAUGAAUAUCCAAAGACAGUGGCUUAGUGGGUGGCCUGCAACUAUCAAAGCUGUGGGAGGCGAUAUGACUCGGGUCGAAGUAUUUGCACCGAGAGACUUCCACUGGACGGCCGGUCAACAUUGCUUCUUGCGCUUUCCUAGCUUGGCGAAGCUUCAAAAUCACCCUUUUACGAUUGCCUCUAUCCCAUAUACUGCCAGCGAGAAGGCCUCAGUCGAUGGCCAAGCCUUGACCUUCUACAUAAGAUCAUAUCGUGGAUUGACCAGCCAGCUUCUUGCUGCUACGAAGAGCGAUAUCGAUCCGAAACCCUCCAGGAUUUGGGUGGAUGGCCCGUAUGGCGGCGUCGCUGAGAAAAUACACGUCCAGUACGGCUCAGCGAUAUUUGUCGCGGGGGGUGGUGGCAUUACCGCGUGUUUACCUUGGCUGCUCCACACGGCUAGAUCAAUGGCAGAAGGCGUUGCGAACGUACGAACCGUGACUCUCGUGUGGGUGGUUCGCGAGGAAGAACAUCUGCGAUGGAUCUCGGAGGAGCUGUCAGUACUUCAGGACAUGUUGUCUGAGGGAGGCCUUCGCCUUCGCUUCUAUGUCACCGAGGGAGGAGACACUGAGACACGCGCAGAGCUGAGUUCGUCUGAUAAAGCCAGUGAUGCCAAGGUGAAAAGCGAUGCGGGACCGACUUCUUCUACGCCAUCAACAGCCAAUUUGAGCACCCAUCACAUCGGCAGGCCUCUCUUGGGUACUUUAUUGCCCACGUUGGUGACUGGUCGCCGCGUUGUGAUUCUAGGAUGUGGACCGGAAAGCAUGAAGACUGAUAUUUCUAACGCCGUAGCAGGACUUCAAAGCAGGGUGAUGAAAGGAGAGUCAGAGGUGGUCUCAUUACAUACCGAAACGUUUGGCUGGUGAUAGAAUGAGAGGAUUGGAGAAGACAGUGUGGAGAUGAAAAAUGGAGGGAUACUUUCUAGAUAAAAUAGCAUG